AUGGAUGAUUUAUCAAAAACAUCCAUGCCCAUUAUAAAUGAAAGUGAUUUGAAUUCCAUACCUACGACUAUUAAUUCCUCAUUAACUUCUUCAUCACAAUCUUCAACUACAUCAUCUUAUGAAUCUACUGUAAAUCAUAGUCCAAAGUAUCUAGUCAAGAAAUUCAUUGAUGGGUUUAAACCAUUUGAUUAUUCUACUUUACCACCAAUUUAUUUAAAUCAUCCAUCAAAAACAAAUGUGACUGAUGAUUCAAAUGAAUUAAAAUUAGUAUCAAGUUUACAAGAUGAAGAAAGUUUACAAUUACAUCCAGCUCAUCCAAAUUUCGAUUAUUCAAAAUUUACUCAAUUAGAAAGAGAUGCUUUAAUUACUGCUUCUUCGCCAUUAAGUAAAAGAUUAAGAACAAGACAUUUAACUUUAAUUUCAUUGGGUGCAAGUAUUGGUUCUGGAUUAUUUAUAACUACGGGUUCUUCAUUAUCUCAUGCUGGUCCAUUAGGUUUAUUGUUAGUCUGGUUAUUUGUUGGUAGUCUUAUAUUUGUUACAAUGUCUGGAUUAUCUGAAUUAGCUACUGCUUUUCCUGUAAGUGGUGCAUUUGUUACUUUUCCAACUUUAUUUAUUAAUAAAUCAUUGGGUUUUGCAAUAGCUUGGAAUUAUGCUUUACAAUGGUUAGUUACUAUGCCUUUACAAUUAGUUGCAGCUGCAAUGUGUAUACUGUAUUGGAAUCAAAAUAUUCAUUCCGCGGUAUUUGUUACAAUAUUUUAUGUUGUAUUGGUUUUCAUAAACUUGUUUGGAGUAAAAGGAUAUGGUGAAAUUGAGAGUGCUUUAAGUUUAAUUAAAGUUAUUAGUGUUAUUGGAUUUAAUAUAUUAGGAGUUAUUAUUGUUACUGGUGGAGUACCUGGUACGUCAUAUAUUGGAGGUAAAAAUUGGCAUAGACCUGAAGGUGGAUUAUUCAAUAAAGUUGAACCUUUUAAAGAAAUGUGUUUCAUUAUAUCGAAUGCAGCUUUUGCGUUUGCUGGUAUAGAGUUAUUUGCCUUGGCAUCAGUUGAAUCAGCUACCCCUAAAUUAUCAAUUAAUAAAUCAAGAAAACAAAUUUUCUAUCAAUUAAUGGGAUUUUAUGUUGUUACUAUUAUAAUGAUUGGAUUUUUAAUACCAUAUACAAAUCAUUCUAUAAGCUCUGCAGGCAGAGGAUUAGCUGAUGUAAACACUUCACCAUUUGUUGUUGCUAUAAAAUUGGCUAACAUAAAAGUAUUACCAUCAAUAAUGAAUGCAAUUGUUAUCAUUACAGUUUUAUCAGUUGGUAAUGCAUCAAUUUAUGCAUCAACAAGAGUUUUAAAUGCAAUAGGUGCAUUAGAACAAGGUCCAAAAUUUUUAAGCUUUAUUGAUAGAAAAGGAAGACCAAUGGCUUGUUUAAUUAUACAAUUCAUGUUUGGUUUAUUAGCUUAUCUUAUAUGUAUACCAGGUUAUGAUACAACAAUUGAAAUUUUUGAUUGGUUAUUAAGUUUGAGUGGAUUAAGUGCAUUAUUUACUUAUCUUGUCAUUAACAUUUGUGAAAUUAGAUUUAGAGCUGCUUUAAAUCAUAGAGCUAGAUCCCCAAAAGAUGAAUUAUUAUAUGUAUCACCAGCUUGGAGUUCAUGGUAUGGUAUAGUUGCAAUUUUAGUUACUUUAGGUUUACAAUUUUGGGCUGCAUUAUUUCCACCAGGUUCAGGAGUUGAUGUACAAUCAUUUUUUAAGAUUUACUUAGGGUUUUUUGUUUUUUUGGUAAGUUACAUUGGUCAUAAAAUUUAUGAUUAUUGGUAUAACGAUGUACCAUUAUUUAAACUUUGGUUAAAUACUGAUGAGAUUGAUGUGGACACAGGUAGAAGACAAGUGGAUUCAGAAGUUGUUAAACAAGAAAUUGCUGAAUUAAGAAAUAAAUUAGAUAAUAAACCCUGGUGGUAUAAAUGUUAUAAUUUCUUUUGUUAA